CACCCGCAUGGCUGCUGUCCACUUCACACGCUUCCACACGUUCAAAAGGUUUAUUUUGGAGAAGACUGCGCUCAACUCACCAAGCGCAAAUUGUAGAGGCACGAAUACGGGAAAUUAGACGAGAAAUCUGUUGCUUAAAGCGGACGUGCGUGUAAUACAACCGGACGUGUUUCCCCUGCUGGUGUCACCAGCAAAGACGUCCGGAACACCGUUUGCCACAAUGAUGAAGUUAGCUUCAGAUUCGUAGCUUCCGAACGACUCUUUAGGCCGGAACUUAAAGGGAUGUAGUCCGAAACCAACUUCAGCCUCGCUUUACAGUGUGUCAUGUCACCGGCCGUUACUGCAACCCAACCUAUCGUUCACCUGGGUCACCUGAAGGCUCAGCUAAGUUAGCUGUCUACGCUAACGCUUCAAGGUUCUUUGAAAACACUCGACAACAUGCUCUCUCGUAUGUUAUUGAACCUCCUCAACAACCUCCAAGUCGUUGAGAAGUUGGCAGAGUCUCGUCCGAUUCGCCGGGCGGCCCAGAUCACAGCCUACGCCAUCACCAAGGCUCAGAUAGCCGGUCGGGACGUUUCGAAGCGGGUCAUGCGGUCACAGACGCUGCGGCAGGUCCGGGACGAGGCUGGCAGAGUCCCCGGUGACCUGGGAGAGAUGGGCAGCCGCCUCAAGAGAGUCCGAGAGACAUUUGCGAACGAAGUGAAGGAGGGAUGGAAGGACGGCUCCAGACAGAUCAAGAAAUAAAGAGGACGGGCUGGCGAGAGAAUGUUCAAAAUACUGGGGACGCACUGAUGACUUUUGUGACCAGUUAUAAAUAACCUGACAACAUCUCAAGUGGUGCAAAUGACAAGUGUCGUAUACACAACCUGCCUCAGUAAUGCAACACAACAGUUGGGUGGUUAAGAUCAGUUCACAACCAAGAAUGGUGGUCGAGAGCUCCACACUGACCUGCAACCUAUGGCCAGAUACUUUAUGGGGUUAAACUAAAUAUAUAUUGUCUGUAUUCACAUCUCUAAGAAUGCAUGGUCAUCUGAAGUGUUUAUUUCAUCUUACAGAAAGCCUGUGGAAAACUAGGAACUGUCUUGUAAAUUGGUAGAAGUGGAAGUUUAAAAUGGUAAGGUUAAGUGCACUUUUCUUAAGUAAAUUGAUGAUUCAAUGUAGACAGACCCUCAGUACUGAUAUCUAUCUAUGACAUCUUCACUUAAGUCUGUGAUCCAAAACCACGUACUGUUAUUUCUACAAAUGAUCUUCUGUUUUUUUCUUCCGUUUCCCCUCACAAUGUGCGGUACAACGCCUAUCACCGCCUGAAAAGCUUUUAUGGAUCUUUAAGAGGGUGUCUUGGGAAAUAAUUUUAUCGGUCAAAAAUGUACAUAUAAAGUAAGAUGUGAUGAUGAUGAUAUGUAUGGACAAUUAAUUCAGCAUUUGGUUCUGACCGUAUAAAUAAAGAUUAUAAUUUACAACAGCA